AGCAAAAAGCUUUGAGACAAGUGUGAAUGUGUUUGAUUAUCAUUUUCUACACAAAUUCAUACAUUAUACAAAUUCUUUUUUUGUAUUUUAAUCUCCUAAUUAGCCUUUAUUUCCCCCAGUUGGAUAAUAACUACUGCAGCAAUAUUACUGCUGAAAUCAAUCAUCACUGAAGGAUUCGUAAUUGUCCAGAAAUUACUGCUAGAACUGCCCGAUAAUCUGGUCGAACGACUACCCCCUGCGAAUUAAAGUAGUACCGUCAAACCAUAGUGUAAUUUCGAACCAAUCCAAUGUCUUUGUUUCAUCGCAGUCUGUUCUAUCUACUCCUAGUGCUCAAUGCAGCCUCUAUGAUCGUGGCCCUGCCUGGGUACAAGCUGACACCAUUUAUUACACGCGUACAAAUGACGAGUAAUUUAAAGUACCUAAACCUUACGGCACAAGUUAAAUCCUCGUCAAAUGAAAACCUCAUCGAUAUUGACAUGAAUGUGAUCCAACCGCUUGCAAACCCUCGUAUAUCCAUUGUCCUCUGGCUUAAUUUAGGAGCUGGUGCGAUUCAGGCACCUUUCUACAACCAAACGAUCAACGUGUGCACCAUCAUCCGCAGCCCGGAAACGCACCGUCUGGUGCAGAUCGUCUAUCGGGAGAUGAAGCGCCACGGAAACAUGCCGCUCGGUUGCCCGAUAGCUGUCGAUGUCUACAAGUUUCGCAACGUUACCACCGGACAGAUGCGUUUGCCAGCAUUUUUUGGCAGGGCAGACUUCAUGCUGGAUGUCAACGGUUUGCUAGGAAGCGCUAAUAUACGUACGUUUGACAGCCGCUGGUAUGGGUUCAUUAACGGCAUCAAAUGUACCUCAACUAGCCGUUGCUGAACUGGUGCGAACUGAUGAAUCUAUAUAGAUGGAAUUGGGAAUAGAUAAUAAAGAA